AUGAUGAUCCGGAGACAAAACCUCCAGCGCUUCCAGAGCCUUGCUCUCGCACACACAUCUCGAACUCUCGCAUCCACACCGCGUUACGUCUCCCAGAGCGCACGGCAGAAUGUCUCUGUCCCCGCCGACGCAUCACAGGUUUCGACCGCACACCUUCUCUCCACACAGCCAGAGUCACAGAUAGCACAAACAAAGGCAGUUCUCGGUCGUCUGCCCACUGAGACUGUUCUCCGUUCCUACCUCAUCACUGCCGUAUCCUCACGACCCCUCUUACUGAAUGCUUGCUUUGGCAUCCUACGGCGUAUGCUUGACUCCAAGUCUUUCCUGCUGAGUAUCGAGCGGAACCCGGUACUGUCCAACUUGCUUAAGAAGACUUUCUACGCGCAAUACUGUGUUGGCGAGAAGAAGGAUGAGGUUGUCAAGAACACUGAAUUCGCACGUACGCUUGGAUAUGGUGGCAUCCUAUUUGAGUAUGCGCUUGAGGUACUUGGUGGAAAAGCACCUACUGCUGAGGAGACCAAGAUGGAGAUUGAGGUAUGGAGGAAGGGAAUGUUGCAGAGCGUCGACAUGGCGAAGGAGGGCGACUUUGUUGGACUGAAAUGGUCCGGUCUCGGUCGCCAUGCCCUCAACCUCCUCCAAAACCAACAAGACGCCACUCCCGAGAUGUGGUCCGCCAUCACCGCCGCUUGCGACGCCGCCGCCGCAAAAGGCGUCAGCCUCCUUCCGGGCGCUGAAGAAGAAGCCACGAACCUCGGUCUAGAGAAAUGGACCCUCGCCCUACAAGAAAAGUACAACAAGCCCGAAAAUGGGCGUGCCGUCCUCUACAUCACCUACCAAUGCUACCUCCGCGACAUCUCCAAGCGCAUGGCCGCACACCUCGAGCGCGCCUCAAAGAAAGGCUACAUCGCAGGUGUCAAGCUCGUCCGUGGCGCCUACCUCACCUCUGAACCCAAACACCUCACCUUCGACACCAAAGCCGGAACAGACGCCAACUACGACGCCUGCGCCGACGCCGUUGUCCGCCAACAAUGGACCGACAAGAUCCCGGCCCCUACCCCAGGCACAUCCUUCCCACGUGUAAACAUUGUCCUCGCAACCCACAACCUCGCCUCCGUCCAAGCAGCCCAGAAGAUCCGCGCGCAGCAAAUGCUCACCACGUCUCCUGAGAACUUGCCUCGUCUCACGUACGCACAGCUCCAGGGCAUGGCCGAUGAAAUCUCCCAGGCCCUUGUGCAGGAUGAGACUAUGAAGGCGGAUACACAGGCUAAGGUUGUCAAGUGCAUGACUUGGGGUACUACCACUGAGUGUCUUAACUUUUUGCUGAGGAGGGCGAGCGAGAACAAGGAGGCGGCGCUUCGAACCGAGGAUACGAGGAAGGCGAUGGGUAAGGAGCUUUGGAGGAGGUUGAGGGGUGUUUUUGGCCUGGCCUAA